CCAUUGCGCAGAGGCAGACAGCGCAGCUGACCAAUCAGCUGGUGCGGAUUCACCGCCACCUGGCCGGCGUGUGCGUGGCGGCUAACAUGGCCGUGCUCAAGUUCUCGCUUCCUCCAAGGCAUUCGGACCUGGAUGACAGCUGCAUCGACGAGGAGCAAAUCAACUACGCGCAGGUCUGCACGUGGGAAGGAAACGUCGAGUACGACACUGUAUCGUCCGCCGUGCGUUCUAAGAAGCACAACGACGUUCUGACGUACGAGAACGAGUACAGCCUCGAGACAAAGGCCCGGUCCUACCUGUCCUACACACCGCUAGGCUGCGUUGCGGCGUUCAACGCGGACUACGAGGAUCCACGUGGCACGUGCCGGCAGCCCUUCUCGCGCCUGGCAGCGCUUGACAACGUGCUUGGCAAACGGAAUCGUUCGCUAGCAGCAGUGCCUGGGACAUCGUACAGAGGCAUACUGGUUUGCGUCCCCUCGUCAACACAGCGUGCCACUGUCGACUUCCCGUUCUCCCAGUGUGACGUCUUUGUGGACGGCGAAGUGGAGUACCUCUACAACAACGUCAUCAAAAGCAGCAGCUACAAAGCGAACCUGCAAGGCCGGCUGCUAGACGCAAAGCUCAACUGGACGUGCUUUGUGGUAUCGCUCGAUGCUAGCAAAGUAUUGAACAAUCUUCCGGACAGCGCAGUAGCGAGGGAGAAAAUAAUCUCCUUCAUCACAAACUGGCUUUCCACUGAAGGCCUCUGCGGACUGGCGGUGAAAGAAACGGCGAGCAUGCAGCCCGUCAAAGGCCUCGCCAAGUUUCUUCGAGAACUCUCCAACGAGUUUAGCGAACGAGACCCAAGACCAGUUCUCAUUUUACUCGUCUCUGCAUUUGAACCGGAGAGCAGGCUCAAGGAACUUUCAGAGUAUCCUGACUUUCUGGUCCUUACAAACGAAGUGCCGAAUGAAUCUAAAGACUGCAAGCUUCACGGCACCAUGACCGCGACGACAGAUGUGGCACUGAAGCUUUCAAUGAGUCGCCUGUUGGAGCUCUCCGACACCCUGGGCUCAAGGGGUGGCGUGUGCUUCUCGACUACGCUGGCCGUCUACCGGUACCGGCUGCACCAGGGGCUGCACGGAGCCGGAGAAAGUUGUCGGCGAAUGGUCGAGACCACCUUCGGCGAGGCAUGUCCUCCGGGAGAAUCUGAUCGCUUGGUCGAGGUGUCCUCGAUGACCUCCUAUACAUACAGCAAAUCCCACAUGCUCGCAUUUGAAGAUGAGCGGAGCCUCCGAAUAAAGAUGGAGACGUUCCUGAGCCGCUAUCAUCGUGGCUGCGUGGUGGCGUUCGGCGCUGACAUGGACACUGCAACGAGCAACUGCACCGGCACCAAGCACUUCGAGCGCCUCAAAACCCUCCGCGCUCUCCUGGGAAGGACACAAGGCCCUCUUCUCUUGAACCGUAACUGAAAAACAAGAGAAGGCAGUAGAAAAAGAACUGUAAUUAAAACAAGUUCUGUAA